AUGUCAGCACUUGAGAUAGCACGCAAGAAAAUAUCAUUUGAUGUAAAUAAACUGUCCCACUUCAUUUGGGAAGGAGAAGAGAGAUUCAAGAGAUUCAUGGCAUUUUAGAAGCUAUGCAGUUCCGAUCCCCUUCUUCGUAAUAAUCCUAAAGACAUUGGAAUUGGAAGAGCGGAGACAUAUGAACUAUACGCAAAGAAAAUGAAGAAGCUAUUAGAAGUGGCCGAUUUGCGUGAUAUCAAAGAGUUCGCAACCUUGAUCUAUCCAGAGGCAUUGGUGUCAUCAUUGAAUUAUGAAAUGUUCAUGCCCACAAUAAUGAAUUUGGGCACAGAUGAAUAAGUGAAGCUAUUUUAUGAGCCAGCAUCGAGAUGGGAGAUCCUGGGUUGUUAUUCAUAGACAGAAUUAGCACAUGGUUCAGAUAUAAAUAGAAUCGAAACAACAGCCACAUAUGAUAAAUAAACAAAAUCUUUCAUUAUCAACACUCCCUCAUUGAAAGCCACAAAAUGGUGGGGAAGUGACAUGGGCAUAACAGCUACUCAUGUCGUAACUUAAGCCUAAUUGUACAUAGACGGUAAGAGAUGCGGAGUAUAGAAUUUUGUUGUCCAAAUCAGAGAUGUGAAAACUCAUCAAACACUUCCAGGCAUUUUGGUAGGUGAUAUUGGUGCUAAGUUUGGAUACAAUGCAAAAGAUAAUGGAUAUUUGAGAUUCGAUAAUGUUAGAAUUCCCAAAGUCAAUAUGUUAAGCAAAUAUGUGAAUGUCUCAGAUGAUGGACAAUUCACUAAAACUGGAGAUGACAAAGUAUGGCAUGCCACCAUGUAAUUGAUGAGAUAACAUUUCUUGGAUUCAGUAUGGAAAUGUCUAGGAAUUGGUCUCACUAUUGUUAUUAGAUAUUCAUUACAAAGAAAACAAUUCAAAGAUUCCUUAGGAUAAGAAAUUCCCAUCUUUGAUUAUCAACUUCAAUAACAUAAAUUGAUUCCAUUGAUUGCUGAAAUGUAUGGAUGCAUGUUAGGAAGUAAGAAGGUCUUUGCUAUGGCACAUGACAAUGUUGCUAGAAUCAAAUAAAAGAAUGAUUUCUCUAAAAUGAUGGAAGUUCAUGUUGUCUUAAGUGCUUCUAAAGCAUAUUAUACAUGGAAUUGCUUCUUUGCCUUAGAAAAGGUUAGACAAUGUGCUGGUGGACAUGGUUAUUCCUACUACUCUGGUAUCCCACCUCUUAUUACUGAGAUGAGUCCUUGUGUUGUUGCUGAAGGUGAUAAUACAGUGUUAUCUUUGUCUGUGGGUAAGGUCUUGUUGAUGUAUCUCAACAAAGCCAUGUAAUCAGGAAAGGCUCCCAACACCACUUGUGAUUAUUUGGAAGACAUUUUCAACUAUUUGACUGAACUCAAGUAACCAUUGGUCUCCAAAGAGUGCACCAGAGAUCUCAAUAAAGUCUUGGCUGCUUUAAGAUACAAUGUUGCUUUCAAUGUUGCCAAUGCAGGAUAAAAGUUACAAACUCUUAUGGGUGAUAAGGGAUUAACAUUUAAGGAAUCCACAGACAAGCACUUAGGCAUUCUCUUAUAAGAAAUUGCUCACACACAAUCCAAUUAUUGGACUUAUAGGACCUUCCUUGAAGAAGUCAAUACUUUGACUGAUCCAAAUAUUAAGACUGCCCUCACUCAAUUAUGCUUAUUGUAUGGUCUCAAUAAGAUCUUGGAAUAAUAAGGAUAGUUGUUUGAGUAUGGAGUCUUAUCCGGUCCUCAAUUUGUUUGGAUCAGAGAAACCAGAGAUGAACUUAUUUCAAAUUUAAAAGACAAUGCUUUGGGUUUAGUUGAGGCUAUUGCAUAUGAUGAUAACAGUGUAAGAUCAGCUAUUGGAGAUUCUUAGGGUAAUCCAUAUGAGAAAUUAUAUCAUUGGGGCUAAGGACCUCAAUCCAUUAAAUGAGCCAGAAUUCCAUGAAUAAGUAUUUAAGACCAUUAAGACAAUCAGAACAGCAUCUCCACAUGCUAAAUUAUGAUUAAGAUUAACAAAUUAUCAGAUAACAUUAUUGUCUUC